GGUCAAGUGCUUUCGUGGGAAAAAGGUCCAUGGGGAAUAUGACAUCAGAGUUGAACAGGCACAAUUUUCAGAGAUCAACUUGAUAGCCCAUGCUGAUGGCAGUUAUGCCGUAGACAUCCAAGCAUUCCGUAAUGGCACCAAAGUUGUCAGGUCAUUCAGACCUGAUUUUGUUCUUGUUCGACAACAUUCGUUCAGUAUGGCUGAGAACGAAGACUUCCGUAACUUAAUCAUUGGAAUGCAUUAUGCUGGUAUUCCCAGUGUCAACUCUCUAGAGUCAAUCUAUAAUUUUUGUGACAAACCGUGGGUGUUUGCCCAGCUGGUGUCCAUCUCCAAAACUCUGGGUGUGGAAAAGUUCCCUCUAAUUGAACAAACAUUCUACCCAAAUCACAAGGAAAUGUUAACACUGCCAACGUUUCCAGUUGUCGUGAAGAUUGGACAUGCUCAUUCAGGCAUGGGAAAGGUUAAGGUAGACAACCACUACGACUUUCAGGACAUAGCCAGUGUGGUAGCACUUACCCAAACCUACGCCACCACUGAACCUUUCAUAGACUCCAAAUACGACAUCAGGAUCCAAAAGAUAGGCAGUAACUACAAAGCAUACAUGAGGACUUCCAUAUCUGGAAACUGGAAGACAAACACUGGCUCUGCAAUGUUGGAACAAAUCGCUAUGUCAGAUAGGUACAAGCUCUGGGUUGACACCUGUUCUGAAAUGUUUGGGGGUUUGGAUAUCUGUGCUGUCAAAGCUGUACAUGGCAAGGAUGGAAAGGAUUAUAUUUUUGAGGUUAUGGACUGUGCAAUGCCUUUGAUUGGUGAACAUCAGGUGGAAGACAGGCAACUUAUAACUGAUCUCGUUGUAAGCAAAAUGAACCAAAUGUUGUCCAAAACACCUAUACCAUCUCCUCAGAGACCAACUGCCACUCAACAGCCUCAGAGUGGAUCACUUAAGGAACCAGAGCCAAACAAAAUCCCACCUCAGCGACCACCACCUCAAGGGAGCCCAGUACAACCCCAAGGAACGCAAUCACACAGCCAGGAGCCAUUGCAACCACAGCGCAUGUUCUCCCCGGGGCAGUCAGGAAAGCCCUCAACUUCCCAGCCACAGCGUCCACCUGGCCCUACAACUCAACAACCAUAUGCCCAGGGUCAAGGUAUUUGCAGCGCCGGAUUAUCAAUGGAAGUGGAGCCAGAGCCACAACCUGCUCCACAGCAGAAACCUCAGUCUCAUCCACAGCUUAACAAAUCACAGUCUUUGACAAACGCCUUCAGUUUCACAGAAUCAUCCUUCUUUCGAUCAUCCGUGAACGAGGAUGAAGCAAAAGCUGAAACCAUCCGGAAUUUGAGGAAGUCCUUUGCUAGCCUUUUUUCUGAUUAGCCAUUUGAAGAUCAAUUUCAUGCAGUUGCCUAUGGCAUAUAGACUAGAACUUACAGUGAAUAUUAUUUAGUAUUUAUAUCCCUGUGACCCAUCCUCCAUUACUGUUCCAAGCAAUAUGUUAAUCUUUAAAAAGGUCUAUGAGGAGAUACAAUUCAGGUACACUGUGUAAAAUCUAUAUAAUAUGAGAGGAAAAGCUAUAUUAGUAGUAGUACAAAAUGCUUAAUUUUAUGGUCUUUGUCAAUUGUAACAUUGUGGCCUUACUAUGACUGCACUAUAUCACCCUAUUGGAUACGCCUUCGUGGAACUGUUGUAAUAAAGCAUUGUGUUAUGGGCUUCCCCUUGUUUUACCCAUCUCCGGUGCUUUGCAAUGCAUGUUUAUGUUCUGUUUUGUAUUGCAAA